CUCAAGACUCUGGUUCAUGUUGAAAUUUAGUCUUAUAACCGAGACUAAAAGAGGAAAUGAGCGCUUUUCAACUCGCCUCUUCUGCUUUAUCGACUUUAUUAAAGUAAAACCGCCGGAGGAUAACUCAACAAGGCGAGAUGAAGGACCGACUGCUUGAGCUGCAGGUCAUCACCAGAUCUUUAGAGGAGGAAUUCAGGUCUGAGGAGGAUCAGACCACUGAGCCUGGUGGACAGGAGGAGCAGCAGCAGGCCGUCGUGUUCGAGGGCGAAGACGUGGCGCAUGGCAUCUACAAGGAGGCCAAAGAGAUCAGGAGGGAGACGGAGCUGCUCAGGAGGGACGUGGAGCGCCUGAAAACGCAGAACACUCGUUUCCUCACGUCCAUCAGGAGGAUCAGCGCCAUCAAACGGGACACCAACGUGCUCGGACGGGACAUUCAGGCCAGGGCGCAGGAAAUUUACAGGAACCUGGAACGUCUGGGGAGGCACAGCAAAGAUCUGGAGCAGAGCAACAACUCCACGUCAGCCGUGGUUCGCAUCGCACGCUCGCAGUACUCCUAUCUGACCAGGGCCUUCCGCCAGGCCAUGUCCGAGUACAACGAGGCCGAGCUGAUGCAGAGGGAGUACUGCAUGGGCCGCAUUCAGAGGCAGGCCGAGAUCAUGGGCAAGGAGCUGAGCAUGGGGCAGAUAGACGAGAUGAUCGAGUCGGGCAGCUGCUCCGUCUUCACCGGCGUCGUGGCGGAUACGAGAACUGCCAGGUCGGCCCUCAACGAGAUCGAGAACCGGCACAAGGAGCUGCUGGCGCUGGAGAGUCGCAUCAAGGAGAUCCAGGAGAUCUUCCUCCAGAUUGCCAUGCUGGUUGAAGAACAAGGCUGCAUGGUGGACAACAUAGAGGCGACUGUAACUGCGACGGUGGACAUUGUUGUUGUGGCCGAAGCUCAACUGGUGAAGGCCAAGAAAUACCAGAGAAGCAAUCCAUGCAAGAAACUGUUCUGCUGCUGCUUCCCGUGCUGCAACUGAGACUCUGUCACGACAAUAUGGAGCCAAAUGGACUUUUUAUGCAAAGAUGCAUUUAGGUGAUGCAUUUUAAGUGAUGUAUAUUUAUGUUUUUAAGACUCUAGUACAGGGGUGUCAAACUCAUUUUAGUUCAGGGGCCACAUUCAGCCCAAUUUGAUCUCAAGUGAAGAGUAAAAUCGUAAAAUAAUAACCUAUAAAUAACCACAACUCCAAAUUUUUCCUUUGUUUUAGUGCAAAAAGGUACAUUCUGAAAAUGUUCACACUUAAAGAAUCUUUUUACAAAACAUUAUGAACAAACUAACAUUUCUUAAGAAAAACAAAUUCAAGUUCCAGAACAUUACGCCUCAGUUUGUCAUUCACACAUUACAACUUACAGAUCACAAAGUGUCUGCAAAGGAAUGAAGUAUUUAGUCACAGGUAUCUGGAACUGAACAAUCUAGUAUUUUACUUUUAAAGCACAAAAAACAACCAAAGUAAGAUAAAAUAUUACAAAAAUGAAACGCAUGACGACAAAAGCGCGAAACUAAAUGACAAAUGAAACGAAACAGUAAAAGAAGGGAAAAAUUAGAAAAAUAAGUUACAAAACAACAAAAAAAUAGACACAAAUGAGACAAAAACGAUAGCCAAAACAAUGAACAAAGCAAAACACAAAAUGACAAUAAUGAGACAAAAAACACAAGCUAGACAAAAAGGAACACAAACGACAAAAAUGUGAGACAGACGAUUAACGUCAGACAUAAAAAGACAAAAAACAACAAAAACAAGACAAAAAAUAUUAGAAAAAUAAGACACAAAAGAACAAUGACCAGUCUAGUAUUUUACUUUAUAAUCAAAACAACUUGUCAUGGUCGAGAAAUUAUCUUAAAAUAAUAAUUUUACAAGUUGCAGUUAAUGUCUUCUCUGUAAUUUUUUCCCUUUACAAAGUUGUCCUGUGGGCCGAAUUGGACCCUCUGAAGGGCCAGAUUUGGCCCACAGGCCGCAUGUUUGACACCCCUGCUCAAGCAUCAUUUUCUUUCACCGAAGAAGGACCCGAGUCAUUGGAAACCACACCCACGUCUGCAAGCGAUUAGCUUAGCUUAGCAAAAAAGUGGAACAGAAUGGAAGCAGCUAGUCGGGCUACAAGCUAACAAUUAUUUUCAUGCUGAUUUUCUUGAAUAAUCAAGAAAUGAAGGUUCUUAACUGUUGCUGCCUCUGAAUGACAUUUGAUGCGGCCUCUCAGCUUCAACUUUCAGCUCUGUAACGACAAAAUUUAAGCCAGUAAAGUGUGUUUUUUUUUCUUCUUGUCCUAAAUUACUGCCUCAAAGAGUGUGUCAUUUGGAAAGCAGGCCUGGUGUUUACUGCAGUCGUUGCUUAACACGUCUUUAGAAACAGUGAACGCAGCUAUGCGUCUCAUUG